ACUGUACCUAUUUAUAAAUCACAAACAGACACUAGCACAGCUUGAAACUCAAAAACAAGGACUCCUCACCUGAUGAGGCAACGCUAGCUGUUACUGCAGCAGAGUACAAACGCCAAGCCCGCAAUCUAAAAUCUUCCUUCAGUUUCUUCAUCCCAUUCUCAUCUCAGACCCAGAUCCGUCUGCAAUCUUGCCAUGGGGAUGGAAGUUCCAGAUAUUUGUAUGGACAAGGAGCCAGACUGUGUGAUAAUUUAUUCAAAUGGUGUUUCUCACGAUUCAAGUCAUGAUAGUGCUUCUAAUCAUCAUGGUGUUGCAGAGUCAUAUGAACAAAUUAAUGGGGAUCCACUGCCCCAAAUAAUGGAAGAGAACUCUGAAGUGAAGGAAUACGAAGUGAAAGAAUGUACUACUGAAAAUGCAAUUGAGAUUUCUGAACUUUGUCAAGUUGAAGAGUAUAAAAAGGAGCCAGAUGAACCAAGCUCAAAUUUUGAGGCUGCCUUGACUGAAGAAAAGGUGAAGUUAGAAUCCCAGAAAACAAAAGAUAACAAGAAGUCAAAAUCUUCUUCAAAACUUGUGACUGGAAACAUUCGAACAAAGUGCACCAUUCCACAGCCAUUUGCCCUGGCAACUGAAAAACGUGCGUUAUGUGGAACUCGUCCUGUUGGGGCUGAACCCACUGUUUUUUCUGGUUUGAAUAGAAACAAAAUGCAACAAAAUUCGAAGCAGAAUCAGUUGGUCUCAUCUUUGCUAUCAAGAAAACCUUUGCGACCUGAUAAUAAGAAGCAUCCUGAUGAAGACGAUUCUUGCUCUGUUGCUUCUAUUACUUCAGCAUCUGCCCGUAAUAUUAAUAAAUCCCAAACAACUAUUGCAUCAGCUCCGGUCUUUAGAUCCACUGAACGCGCAGAAAAGCGGAAGGAGUUUUAUUCAAAAUUAGAAGAGAAACAAGCAGCGCUGGAAGCUGAGAAAACACAAUGUGAAGCAAGAACCAAGGAAGAGAGAGAGGCAGCCAUUAAGCAACUAAGAAAGAGUUUGAUGUUUAAGGCAAACCCAAUGCCGAGCUUCUACCAUGAUGGGCCACCACCCAAGGUUGAGCUAAAAAAGCCACCUCCAACGCGUGCGAAAUCUCCGAAGCUGGGCCGCAGGAAGAGCUGCAGUGAUGCAGUCACUUCAGCUGAAGGAAACAAGGGAAAAGGAGCUUGUGAUCGGGGAAACCGUCACAGUUUGGGCACUUACAAAGAAGACAUUUCCUCCACCAGUAGCACUGGUAGCAAGGAACAAAUGUGUGUCCAGAAUGUUGAAGAUACAAAUGAGAGAGAGAUGAGUGACUGCCUUUCACCCAAGGUUAAUGGCCAGCAUAAUGUGGAUAUUGUGGUCCAGUCUUGAGUCUUUGACUCUGGUGAGUUUUCUAAUUUAUUGGUGGGGAAUGGUCUCCUAUUUCUUGUUGUCUUGGAACUGGUCCUGAGAAUGUGCACUGUUUAUUUCCUCAACCUGCAAGAACUUGUUGCAGUGGUUUGUGUAAUGUAUGAAGUGUAAAUUUUCUGUAAGUUAUCCCCAUGCAUAUAUAUAUAUAUAUAUAUAUAUAUAAAGAAAUACCAUUUUGCCGUAAA